UGCGGAACGCUCGGAGCGUUCAGUCGGUUCUCGCGACUACCAGCGGUAAAACGCGUUAGGCUCGGGACGCUCGCCGAACCCAAAACUUCGCGCUCAUCAAUAAACAAACAUACCUCCGCCCUGUCUUUCAUUACAGAAAGGUCAAACGCCCCGCGGUAUGGACUGAAUAAGUUCAAUUAUUUGUAAAUAUGACGGUUAAGACCGUUUUAAAAAUUUAUUUUAUGUUCAAAAUCUACAAACAGUAAAACUUCAUCACCGCAGUCAUCACCGAUUAAAGUUGCCGACCUCUGCAUCGCCACCAUGCCUCUCAUGCAGUCUUGCUGUUGCUGGCGAAGUCUCCGCCGAGGAUGCUACGCUUCAGCAAUCUACACUAUGAUUUACUUCGCCGUCACGAUUGUGACGAUGGGGCACUUCAUAGACGUGGAACAUCGAUAUCUGAACGGCGAUAUGAAGGAACCUGAGUCCGAAAGCUUCUUGGAACCGGAUAAGAUAACACCAAUAACGGUAUCUUUGAACAUCACCCUGCUGGCUUGCAGCACACUUGGACUCGUCGCUUGUAUACUUCUAAUAAUUGGCAUAUAUAAGGAUAUAAAGUUCAUGCUGCUACCUUGGGUUUUCGUGAUGGGACUGGAGACACUGGUCGAGGUCGUUAACCUCGUUUACUUGUUCUACUUACAAACGAUGAAACCCGACAUCUUUAGACAAGCGUGGUUACUUCAGGAUGCUGAACGGUCAAUGCUCCGUUGUAUGAUUUGUGCAACCUAUCACCAACGUACUGUCUUUGGCUACUUCUCGCUUGACUUCAACCCCAUAACAUCGUUCCUGUUCACUCUCGACUUUUUCAUCAUCGUGUUGAACAUCUACGCUAUGGUGUGCGUGAUUUCGCAGUUUCAAGAGUAUCUAGACGGGAGAGGCACAGCUGCUUUCGACUACUCAGAUAGGCUUGCUGUCGUGCAGUACACUGCUACCGCACAGCACACGACUACCACCAGCUCAGCUCCAAGUGGACGCCGCCGUUCAGCCCCAAGACCAUUGCCCAGCCGAUGUGACCCAGAAGAUUUCUCCGAAGCCCCCUCUCGUGCCAUAGCUUCCGUUCUCUCGAAACCAAGCCGAUCUGCCGUGAAGAAACAUGUCCAAUUUCCCGAUGAACAAAGCUGCAUCGAGGAAGCUAAUGAGGCCCCGAACGGUGAUGAAAAACCAGACGCCCGCGUCAUCAGCUCUCUCUGGAUGGAGCUGGAGUCGGAGACGCCUGUGCCGGAACGCUGACGGCGUCGAAGCGAGCAGUACUACCGGCCAGUGACACGCGCUCGCAACGAGAGGCGUAAGAUGUCCACGGCCGGUGUACCGCCCGCAGACCAGACGAAGGAUUCCUAUCUGUAAGGAAUUGGUGCGACGAUUGCUUUAAAGAUACGCGACACGGCAAAUAAUUAAAAUUUCACCAGCGCGGAUUACGGACACCGAUAAUAUGUUACUCACAUUAUGUAGUUUAUUCAAUAUUAUCUCUCUAUCAACAUAUUCUAGAUUAAAGAGUUAUUUAUACUAUCUACAGUGUAUAACAAGAUAUAUUUUAUCUAUAAUGCAAACAUUAAUACAGUAAAAUAGUACAUUAAUUAUACCUUUAAAACAGUUAUUCCAAAAUUGAUUUAGCGUUGAUCAAUAAAUAUUUAAGACGAUAUUUUCAAAUUAUAACAUUUUUAACCAUUCACACAA